AUGACAAUUGGGCGUUACAUGGUCGAAUGUUACUAUAUAAAACGACCGAUUGGACUUAGGUCAAUCAGUUCAUCAUUCGACUUUAGUGGACAUACGAGCAUCUCAAGUCAUACUUCCAAACCACAAUCAAAAAACAACGAAAAUAAUCAAAAUGAAAUUCCAAGUAUCUUUUGCUCUGCUUGCCGUCGCCAUGUGCUUCGUAUCUACCUACGCUGCCGAACAGUCUGCAAAACAAUCGUCACAAUCAGCCGCCCCCGCCGCCGCCGGAGACCGCAACAAGCGUGGCCUGUACGCUUCUCCCUACUUGACCGCCCCGUACGCCGCAUCACCAUAGUGGCCUCACCGUACGCGGCCACACCAUACGUUGCUUCGCCGUACGCAGCAUCACCGUAUGUGGCCUCGUCGUAUGUUGCUUCCCCGUACGCCGCAGCACCGUACGUCGCUUCUCAUCACCCGUACGGCGCCGUGUCGUCUUAUGCUACUUACCCGUACGUCGCCAAGACUUUCGCUUCACCGUACGCUUAUUACCCAUGA